GAGGGGAAGUGGCCAUGCAGUGCCUGCCUGUCACUGGUUUUUGCUGUUCAGUCCGCCCCCCGCCCCCCCCGCGCUUUCCCUGCCCAGCUAGCCCCGCCUACUCCUAGACAAGUCCAAACUCCAGACCUGGUUGAGACACUCUCUGAACCGCCGCUGGAUGGGCACCAGGGCAGUCUUUGGGUGAAAACAGCAGUGUGCUGCGAAUAGACCAUGCUGCUGGACCGACUUCGCGUGCGGCUGAACGCCGUGGUCUGUGGGCUCCUGCUUUUCCUCGUCCUGGGCCAGGGCCAGGACUCUGCCAGCCCCAUCCGGACCACACACACUGGGCAGGUGCGGGGGAGCCUCGUCCAUGUGAAAGAUACUGAUGUGGGAGUCCACACCUUCCUGGGAAUUCCCUUUGCCAAGCCGCCUCUAGGCCCCCUGCGAUUUGCACCCCCCGAGCCUCCUGAACCUUGGAGUGGAGUAAAGGAUGGGACCUCCCACCCAGCCAUGUGUCUGCAGAACAUCACUAUCAUGAAUGCAAUGGCUUUGAAACUGCUGAGUAUGACCCCGCCUGUCACCUCCAUGUCCGAGGACUGCCUGUACCUCAGCGUCUACACGCCUGCCUACGCCCGGGAAGGUUCCAGUCUGCCGGUGCUGGUGUGGAUCCACGGUGGUGGGCUUGUGAUGGGCAUGGCUUCCAUGUAUGAUGGCUCUGUUCUGGCGGCCUUUGAGGAUGUGGUGGUAGUCACUAUCCAGUACCGCCUGGGUAUGCUGGGCUUCUUCAGCACUGGAGACAGGCAUGCACCUGGAAACUGGGGCUACCUGGAUCAAGUGGCCGCGCUACGCUGGGUCCAGCAAAAUAUUGCCUAUUUUGGAGGAGACCCUGGCCUUGUCACCAUUUUUGGCCAGUCCGCGGGUGGCACAAGCGUGUCCUCCCAUGUCGUGUCCCCCAUGUCCCAAGGACUCUUCCAUCGUGCCAUCAUGGAGAGCGGUGUGGCCCUGUUGCCUGGCCUCAUUGUCAGCUCCUCCAAUGCGGUCUCCAUGAUGGUGGCCAACCUGUCUGCCUGUGGCCAGGUUGACUCAGAGGCCCUUGUGGGCUGCCUGCGGGGUAAAACUGAAGAGGAGAUUCUGGCCAUCAGCCAGCCCUUCAUGAUCACCCCUGGCGUAGUGGAUGGGACCUUCCUGCCCAGGCACCCCCAGGAGCUUCUGGCCUCCGCUGACUUUCAACCUGUCCCCAGCAUCAUUGGUGUCAACAACGAUGAAUACAGCUGGCUCAUCCCCUCGACCAUGAAAAUCUCUGACACCCAGAAGGAAAUGGACAGAGAGACAGUGAAGGCUAUCCUGCAGCAAGUGUCGACAACGUUGAUGUUGCCUCCUGAGUCUGUUGACCUGUGGAUGGAGGAGUACAUGGGGGACAGUGGGGACCCACAGACCCUCCGAGCCCAGUUCUCUGAGAUGAUGGGGGACUGCAUCUUCGUGAUCCCUACACUCCAAGUAGCCAAUUUUCAGCGCUUACACGCCCCGGUCUACUUCUACGAGUUCCAGCAUCGGCCCAGCUUCCUCAAGGACAUCAGGCCGCCCCAUGUGAGGGCAGACCAUGGUGAUGAGGUAUUCUUUGUCUUCGGAACCCUCUCUUGGAGAGGCUACGUUGAAGUCACGGAGGAAGAAAAGCUGUUGAGCAGGAAGAUGAUGAAAUACUGGGCUAACUUUGCUCGAAAUGGGGACCCCAACGGCGAGGGUCUGCCCCACUGGCCCGUGUUCGACCAGGAAGAGCAGUACCUGCAGCUGAACACGCAGCCUGCAGUGGGCCGGGCCCUGAAGGCCCAGAGGCUUCAGUUCUGGACGAAGACCCUACCCCAGAAGACACGGGAGCUAAUGGAGGCGGAGGGGAAGCACACAGAGCUGUAGCUUCCUGUGUCUGGGGUGGAAGGGCCGGGGAGGGAGGGCUCGAGUGCAGGUGGGGGUCUGCCGGAUAUACCCACACACAUGCACUGAGGAGCCAGGAGCUUUUCCUUCCUUCCCUUAGCCAUUCAUUCGUUCUGCCAGCCAGCCAGCCAGCAUUUACUAAGAACCUACCGCAUCUUGUUAGUUGCCAAGCCCCCAUAGGUCCUCUCAUGUUAGACGCACUCAGUGAAUCCCCCCAUUGGCAAACCCUGGUGGAAAUUCACACCGCACCGAGCCUCAGGCCCCGUCCCCUCUUCCUCCCCUCUCCCCCACCCCCACCCUCCCUCUCCUCUCCCUUUGAAGGAGGGUGCUUUGGGAAGUGUUACCCACACCUGGCUCUCAGCAAGCCCCACGUGCUCCCAUAUUUGUACAGAGCCAGUAGAAAAUCUGGAUGCCAGGAACCCAGGAGCUCCGAGAUCUUGGCCACCGAGGCCACCAACUACUGAGGAUGUAGAAGUCCCCGUCCCCACCCAUUGUCCCCUAGACGAAAUGUCAUCUACCACUGACAUUUAAACACCCACCCAGUCACUUACCUGUGUCACACAAGGUGACCGACUCCAUUUUUUGUAAGAAGACUGAGCUUGUCCAUGGGCCCCUGGAGCCUGGGCGAGCUGUUCAGUGGCCAGGAGAGCCAGAUGGGUCCCUCAGCCACCCACCUCCUGAAGUCUGCCUUUAUUUUCAGUGGUUCUGUGACACGGCUGGGGGUGGGGGAGGGCAAACUUUACACAAUUGCUGCACAUCAAUACAGAUGUUUAUCUGUGAGAUGUUCCCUGGAAGUAGGAUUGGGAGACCAGAAAGUCCAGGAGAAGAGACUCUUUUCUCCUUGGUUCCAAACGUCUCUCCAUCCAAGGAGAUCUCCUCUUUCCUUUUGGAAUACUCCUUGUCAACCAUCCCCCCACCCUCUGCUGACCUUCCCCCAACUCACCGUGGGCAUCCACAUGAUCAGUUUUCCUGCUUACCCCAUUGCCUCCCCUAAACUUUUCCUUCCCUCACCUUAUCCAACCCCCCCACCCCCGCAAAGGAAACCCUCUCUUACACAGUAUUUGAUCUCAGCGUGCAGACAUACCAAAUUGUGUUCACAGCCUGUUUGCUCUAUCAAAGCACUUUUUCUCUAAGAGGCUACAGCCUCCUUCUUCUCAUAGACCUAGGAGUCCUGCUGUGCCCCUGCCUCUGACCAACUUGCCCUCUCAGGCACUAGAUUUUCCAGGAGGAAAGCCCCCUUCCUUCCCUCCACUGCCUGUAAGCCUAACCACAGAGCCUCCGGAAGUGGGGUCUGAAGGAUGGAGACUGGCCACCAGAUGGCAGACAAGGGUAACCUUAAGCCUGGGCCGUCUUGAACUAGGGAGAGGGAAGGGGCUUUCCUUUUAGGGGACACUGACUGGUGCAUAAUGCUUCUCCUGCAUCCUGAAAGCAUUUAUUGAGCACCCACUGCAUGCAUGCCUCUGUAUGUUUUUCAGUCCUUCAGAUGCACAAUAUACUUUCCAAAAGUGGGUUCCCAGUAUUAGUUUUUUAGUCAUCUUAUUUUUUAAACAGUUUUAUUGUGGAAUAAUUUACAUACAAUUUAAUUCCUUUAGGUGUACAGUUUCACAAAGUUGGCUAAAUAUAUGAGACAUACAACCACCAUCA